AUGGACUUGCCAACCCAAUCGCCAGACUCCCUAGACUCGCCUCAAGAUAAUCGCAUGGCAGCCAUCUCCACCAUUGCCACUACGUCCAAGAGAGACCGCCAAAAUGCAGGAGAGUAUGUCAACUACGAAGGAGCGCCUAAGAGAGCUCGCGUCAACGAUGAUGUUAGAGAGCAUAGUACUUCUUUCGCUGGUGAAACAUUCUUGAUAAUCCAAUCCCGAAGAGCUCAACAAGACAUUGAGCGUUUACUACAAUCAAGCCCAUUGUUACGCAGCAAGCCAGAGGUCCAAUCGGCCCUUGAUAUCUUACACAACACCACGCAUCAAACUCGUGAUGACAAGUCUGAUCUCUUGCAUGGUAUUCGUGUCACCAUGUGUGGAGCCUUCGAAUCGUCCGACUCACUGCCUGAUUACGAAAUGGUCAAAGACGUGCUCCGUGAAUCUCAGGCUAGUGAUACCCUCUUCUUCUGGAUCUGGUCACCGUUCUUCACACCGUCUCAGUUUCGGGAUCUUUGCGACAAACUAUACCAGAACUUCGAUACCUGCCCGCCAAGUAUGAAGAUCAUUGUUUGCGGCGCGAUACACUACAUGUUCUCCGAAUACCAAGGGAGAAAGGCUCUUAACGCCUUAUACCCUAUAAGCGGGUAUCGAUUCCUCUCCCACUCUGAGAGUUGUCUGCGAGCCUACAAUGUGCUGUCUGUGCCGACCACUCAAGAUGUACUGGCAGUGGCAUUCUCUGCACUCGCUAGACAGUACGUAACUGCUUCGAUCAGUGAACAAGAGGAGAAUGUUGCCAAUCACCAGCUCACCGAGUACGAGAACAACUUGGAAAUCACGCUUCCAGACGACUUUGAGGACUGGUUUUCUGGUGCUCAGCAGGAUGGCACCAAAGUAUAUGUCAUGGGACGCUCGAAUAGCCGCCAUCGCCAACCUUACGUGGAGUAUCUGAAUGGCGACCUCUUAGAUGAUGCGUCGAUCCAAUCAGUCAUCAAUUCAGUCCAACCGCAAGUCAUCAUCAACACUGUCGCUCCAAUCAUCUUCCCUCUUAAAGGCACAUCAGAGUUCCACUAUAAGGUCAAUGUAGAAGGCACAACCAAUCUUCUUCGCGCGGCUGCCGCUUGCUCGAACACCACGGCUUUUGUCUACACCUCAUCGGCGCACACUGUACUCGCGACCGAUUAUCUCAACGCUAAGGAAUCUGAUGCUGUCGAUGGAAGUCCUGACGGCCGUCGCUACCCUACGUCCACCAAAGCUAUUGCCGAUCGACUUACAAGGCAAUGGAACAAUAAUAUGCCUAUCCAAUCAGGUGGAUUGCGUACUGCAACCAUCAGACCCUGUGCCAUCUUUGGAGAAGACGAUUCCCAACUUCUCCCUACCAUGCUUUCGCAACUGGAACAGAACCGUCAACACUAUCAAAUCGGCUCUAACACUGCUUUGUACGAUUUUGUCUACGUUGGUAACGUGGCAGAANNAGCCCAUAUCAAAGCUGCCGAGGCCCUUAUCCGUGAAGCUGUACAAGGGAUUGAAAAAGGCAAGCAAGUUGCUGGAGAGUCCUUUUUCAUCACCAACGAUGACCCUCGCCACUUUUACGAUUUCAUGAGACAGAUAUGGCAAGCGAGUGGGUAUGAUACAUCGGCCUUAAAGCCAACUGUCAUACCGACCAAAGUCGCUCUUGCCAUGGCUAGUGCUAGCGACUUUGCAACUUGGGCCCUUACCUUUGGGAGCUCAUCGUCUUCUAUCCUGUCCAAGGAAGGCGUUGAACAUCUGUGUCUGAAUCGUACGCACGAUAUCUCAAAAGCUAGGGAGCUUUUGGGUUAUUUACCUACUGUCACAAUUGACGAGGGCAUUCGACGUGCAGUCAAGAGUUUGGAAUGA